GGUCACUUCAGGUCAGGAGUUUAAGACCAGCCUGGCCAACAUGGUGAAACCCCAUCUCUACUAAAAAUACAAAAAUCAGCCGGGCAUGCUGGCACAUGCCUGUAAUCCCAGCUACUCGGGAGGCUGAGGCAGGAGAAUCACUUGAACCCAGGAGGCGGAGGUUGCAGUGAGCCGAGAUUGCACCACUGCACUCCAGCCUGGACGACAGAGUGAGACUCCGUCUCGAAAAAAAAAAAAAAGAAAAUGGCAAAAUAGGCCAGGCAUGGUGGCUCAUGCCUGUAAUCCCAGCACUUUGGUAGGCCAAAGUGGGUGGAUUACUUGAGGCCAGGAGUUCAAGACCAACCUGGCCAACGUGGUGAAAACCCAUCUCUAUUAAAAAUAUAAAAACUAGGCCGGGCGCGGUGGCUCACGCCUGUAAUCCCAGCACUUUGGGAGGCCGAGGCAGGCGGAUCACGAGGUCAGGAGAUUGAGACCACUGUGAAACCCUGUCUCUACUAAAAAUACAGAAAAAAUUAGCCAGGAGCAGUGGCGGGCGCCUGUAGUCCCAGCUACUCGGGAGGCUGAGGCAGGAGAAUGGUGUGAACCCAGAAGGCGGAGCUUGCAGUGAGCCGAGAUCGCGCCACUGCCCUCCAGCCUGGGCUACAGAGCAAGACUCCUUCUCAAAAAAGAAAAAAAAAAUAUAUAUAUAUAUAAACUAACUGGGCAUGGUGGCAUGCACCUGUAAUCCCAGCUACUCGGGAGGCUGAGACAGGAGAAUUGCUUGAACCUGGGAGGUGGAGGUUGCAGUGAGCCAAGAUGACGCCAUUGCACUCCAACCUGGGCAACAAGAGCAAAACUCUGUCUCAAAAAAAAAAAAAAAAAAAGGGGCGGAGGUCAGCAUGGCAGCUGCGUUGGCUCGGCUUGGUCUGUGGCCUGUCAAAGAGGUUCGGGUUCAAUUCUGUCGGUUCGAGAAAAACAUGGAACCGACGAGGACCUUCCUCCAGGCGGUGAGCAGUGAGAAGGUCCGCUCCACUAAUCUCAACUGCUCAGUGAUUGCGGACGUGAGGCAUGACAGCUCCGAGCCCUGCAUGGACGUGCUGUUUGGAGACGGGCAUCGCCUGAUUAUGCGCGGCGCUCAUCUCACCGCUCUGGAAAUGCUCACCGCCUUCGCCUCCCACAUCCGGGCCAGGGAUGCGGCGGGCAGCGGGGACAAGCCGGGCGCUGAUACUGGUCGCUGACAGCGCCAAAGAGACCAACAAGACGAUUUUAGCGUGGACUAGGACACUUAACCUAAGAAGAGUUUCACUUAAUCAUUCAACUCACUAUCUGGAGGGCCACGGAGCGCAAAAUAAAGUUUAAAACCCUACUAAAAAAAAAAAAAAAAAAAUUAGCAAGGCAUAGGUGACGCGCAUUUGCAGUCCCAGCUACUCGGAAGGCUGAGGCAGGAGGAUCACUUGAGCCCAGGAGUUGGAGGCUACAGUGAGUCAUGAUCACACUACUGCACUCCAGCCUGAGGGACCCUACCUCAAAAAAAGAAAAGAAAAACACCAAAAACUAAAACCCAGUGCGGUGACUGGGGGUCAGACUGCCUAUAUGUUAAAUUUUUUUGUUUGUUUUGUUUUGUUUUCUUGCGGCGGAGUUUCGCUGUCGUUGCCCAAGCUGGAGUUCAAUGGCAUGAUCUGGGCUCACUGCAACCUCCACCUCCUGGGUUCAAGCGAUUCUCCUGCCUCAGCCUCCCAAGUAGCUGGGAUUACAGGCGAGCGCCACCACACCCAGCUAAGUUUUUGUAUUUUUAGUAGAAACGGGGUUUCACCAUGUUAGCCAGGCAGGUCUCCAACUCCUGACCUCAGGAGAUCCCCACCUUCAGCCUCCCAAAGUGCUGGGAUUACAGGCAUGAGCCACUGCACCUGGCCUGUUAAAUUUUUUUAAGAGGCGAAAGUAUAUACAGUCGUGUGCUGCAUAAUGACAUUUUGGUCAAUGUCAGACUGUAUAUACAAUGAUGGCCCAUAAGAGUAUAAUGACAUAUUUUUACUGUACCUUUUCUAUGUUUAGAUAUAUUUAUAUACACAAAUACUUACCAUCGUGUUAUAAGUGCCUACAGAAUUCAGUUUGGUAACAUGAUGUGUGCAGGUGUGUAGCUUAGGAGCAAUAGGCUUUUCAACGUAGCCUAGGUGUGUAGUAGACUAUACCAUCUAGGUUUGUGUAAAUUCACUCUAUGAUGUUCAGACGAUGACAGUGUCACCUAGGGAUGCAUGUCACAGAACUGUACAGUACAAGCACAGCCAGGUUAGGAAGAAAGUACACAGAAUAGAAGAGGCAUCCACCAAAGUGGCCUCUGGGUGGUGUAUCAAAAUAAAUAAAUAAAUAAAAUAAAUAAAUAAAUAAA